AUGAAGAAUUUGCUCUGGCCCAAGAACAGGAAGUCUAAGAAAGCCAGUGCCGGCGGAGCCGGCACGGGCUCUGACGCAGGCACUGAUGCGUCCUCGUCGCUUCGGAGUACUAGCUCGCUGUCCGUGAAUAAGCUCACGCACAGCAGCUCGCAUGGCGCGUCGCUGGAUAACUACAUCGCGCAGGCUAAGCGCGGGAGCCGGAGCUCGCGAUCCAGCCAGAACUUGCUCGCGUCGAACAAGAGCAAACGGAUGAGCUCCGCCAACAUGCGCAACAUCACUAACCCUGAGAACACAAUGUCCAGCGGCAACGAACAGGCGCACGGCUCUGGAAAGCUCGGCUACGGCGCCCUGGGGAAGCUGAAGGGAUCGGCCUCGCGGUCCCAGGUGUCGCUCCACUCCAUGCGACAGGACAGCGCCGGCUCCACGCAUCAGCAUAGCAAGGAGGAAGCCGGCUCGAUCCUCUCCGAUGACGUGACAAGCAUAGACUCCAGGAGAUCACAACAUCUGUCCACCUUGGACUCAUCAGGGAAAAUACCCGAUCACGUGAACGUAAACAGUAGCAGAACCUUCAGCAAGUCAAGAGAGUCCCUGCAAUCCAUCUCGGGCAAGUCGUCCACUUCGCCGCAGCCUACGCACACACUCCUGCACGGGGCUUCAGAUGACAACAGGAACACGCUCGCGUCAAUUGACUCGAACAUAACCGAAACAACGAUUAUCAGCGACGGCGGCCCCGAUAACGUAAACUUAACGUUUGAAAACUACGACGAAACGGUGCUGAAAGUGGGCUGGCUGAACAAAUCACAAGGUCAAGUCACAGUACCGUUGAGUUCUACGCAUUCUACCAGCGGAGUCACUACAACAGCUGCCGAUUAUCAACCCAGAAAUAGAGAGAGCAGAAUAUAUGAGACUAACACACUAGAUAGCUCUGAUGAUAUGAGCGGGAAGACUGUGACAACUCUGCCUGACUCACAGAUAACAAUACCUGAUUAUAGAGUAUUUAGAGCUCAAUUGAAAGGUUCAUUACUGACUUUAUACAAGAGCUCUUUGGGGUCCCAUGUGAAAUGCUUUGAUCCCAGCUUAAAGUCUCUUGAGAGCGAUUUGACUACAAAAGAAAGUAAUAGACAAUCUGUGAUUCCUUCAAAAAGUAAGCAGAAAAGUAGUACUAAAAAUGAUGUCAUACCGAAAUCAGUCACAUUAAAACAUCUAAGCGUUACGGGACCUCAUCCUGAUCUCAAAGUUGAUAAGCAUGGAAUUGUUAUCGGCGGAACUGUAGAGGCCAUAUGUCAUGAUAUAUUAUUCACAACAAAACCCAUUCAUUUAUUGCACAAGAAACACUCAAAGAUCUCCAACAAUAAUUCAGAUGAUGACGUCGAAGUCCAAAAAAGUCUUGUUAAUUUCCUAAUUAUUUUACCGAUGCUGGAUCAUUUUAUCAAAUUUAUUAUAACGUUCAAUCAAUUUGGUCUAACUUUUACAAAACACAAGUCUAAGAUUAGUUCCACAUCAUCACAAUACGUUCGAAUCACAGAAGUUGUAGAUACUCAAAUAAGCAACAGGUUAGUCCUGGUCAUAAGAACUAUACUAGAAUUCACUCCAGCCUAUUUACUCGAUGACAAUAUCUUCCAGUCCAUUAUAACUCUUAUCGAUACAAUUUCGUUACACAACGAUGCAAUUUGUAAUCAAAUAAAGAUCGAUGUGGCCACUCGUUGUAACGAGUUGAAUAAACUGACCAAGUUCAGUAAGACUAACAUUAACAAUAAAGAUGGAUUUCUUCCUAUGGAAAGUUUGGUUGACGUUAAUAGAUUCAUGGAACUAGAUCCUUCCAAAUUUGCAGAGGAAGUACACUCGAUCAACCUGGAAUUCAACAAAGUUUGGGCCCCUAGAAAGGAUUUUUCUCUGCUCUAUGACUCCAAAUUCAACAACAAAAAUAUAUUAUCAUUGAGCCCUCUAAUUUUCAAUAACAAGGAUAAUGUACAUUUUCUGGGCAGACUCCUAGUUACACACUUAUUCUCAACUAACCAUAGGAGUAAGGAGCAAUGCAGAAAAACUGCAGAAGUUUUGAACAGAUGGGUGCUUCUUGGUUGCAAAUUCGAGCAAUUAGGCGACAUGGUAUCGUGGUUGGCAAUUGCAACUGUGAUUUGCUCCAUUCCAAUUCUGAGACUAGGCGCCAUAUGGAAAUAUAUGCCCGAAUCAACUGUUAAAAUCAUUUUAAAUGAUUGGGUACCUACAAUUGUUCAGUUAGACAGGAGACAGAUAUCAUCUAAAUCCACAGGAAGCGUUUUUAUUUUGGCGCCACCCAAUUUAGAUGAUCCCAACAUUAAGAAUAAUAUUGUUUCAUAUUUUGGUGAUCUUAUCAUUCAUGCCGAUGAUCUUCCCAACGAUGUUAAGAUUAAAUAUCUAGCUAAGAAAAUAAACAGGACAAAAAAUGCUUUCCAUAAAUGGCAAUCUCGUGUCGAUAAAGAUAAUAGUACUGGACAAGCCGCCACAUUUAAGUCAAUUGAUCCUAACUCUUCUAUGGUUUAUGAUUUCUGGAAUUUCCAUAUCCAUCAACCUCCUAUGAAUAUUAAUGAUAUUAUGAAACAGAGUAUCAAAUGUGAACCGGCCUUGGUAAACCAAAGUGUUUAUUCCAGUAUUGGGCUUAAAAGAAGCUCUUUAAUGACCGGUAGCUAUUUGCCAACUCUUUUCAAUAACUUCCUCAAUUCAUACUCAAUAUUUCCGAAGGAGGUUUUGAUCGGUGCAGCUGGUGUUUUAGCGGAUACAAACAUAAGCAGACAAUCAAUGCUUGCGGCAAAGGAGCUUAAAAUCAGUGAACCUAUAUCUCAAGUGGUUCCAGGAUCCUUAAACUAUGAGCACAGGUAUAGCCAAAUCACAGGUUUGGACAACAUUGAUGGCCCUGUAAAGAAAGAAAUUGCUGGGAAACCUCUCAACAAGCACCAUCUUCUGAAAUCUAUCCGAGAUGCUUUCAAUGUUGAUUUGGAUGUCUUUCAUGUAGGCGAUGAUCUUGUUUUCAAAUCAAUUACAACUAACCAGGGUAAAUCAAGACCAUCAAGCAUCGUUAUUGACACGCCAAAGAGGUUCUCACAAUAUUCUACCUCUAACAGUAGUCCUUCUACACCAAAACUCAAUAGGGAAUCCACUACCAUUGUUAGAUUAAGCAAAGGAUUCGAGAAUUUGGAUUUGUUUGAUAAUGUGGGCAACUUAUCGGAUAGCCUAAAGGAGCUAAACAUUGAUGUUGCUUUAAAGUCAGCCAGUAUCGAGAGAAUAUAUGACUUAUUGGUCCUAACUGUCUCAGCUUUUUCUAGACUUGUUGACUCUGUUGAUCUUACAAAAUACUAUAAGGGCAGGAGAUCUUUUGAUAACAAUACAAAUGACUUAUCUGACAUAGGCCUAUUAGACUUUGCCUAUAUUAAAAUCAACAUGGAUAAUGCGGCUUAUACGGAAACCUUUUUCAAUACCUAUAAGAGCUUCACUACAACAGUCAAUGUGUUAGAAGGUUUGGCUAGAAGAUUCAUUGGCGCCAAGAGUUGUGCUCUAUCCAUCGAGAAAAUUAUUGGUAAUGAAAAUCUGGAUUCACUUAAGGACGAAACUUUAAAGUCAAAGUUGUCUCAAUUAAAUGCAAAGAAAUUCCCUCUAUGGGAUUUGAAUGUGAAUAAAAAUGAGACUGUAAACUUAGGAUUUCUAGCUAAAGUUCAAAUUGGAGCCAUGGAGGCUAUCUAUUAUUUAGUUAAACAUCAUUAUAAUGAUUUUACGGAUGAUAUGAACUGCCACACAACAAUGCUAGAUAUUGUUAAGAUUAUAGAGGAGGAAAUAACAGUUGAGUGGGAACAUCGCUUGAAAACAUCAAAAGAGAAUAACUUAUUCGAUAAUGUUGCACAUCAGGAGCUCGAGAAUUUAAUCAAAAGAUUAAGAGAACUAUUCAAUAUUUUGAAAUCCACAUAUAGAAAGCAACUAUACAAACCUCUGAACAUCUCCAAAACCGAAAGAAACUCGUCAAACUUAUCAGAACAGUUCAAAACCCUUCCUUACGAAGAUUAUAUAGCAUUUUUGUCGGAGGGCGAAGGCGACAAGCUAUAUUUGAAUUUCAAGAACAUGAAUUAUGAUGACUAUGAUUCUAUUCAUGCAUGGGUAAAUGACAUAAACAAUAUCGUAACUUCCAGAUUUGCUGCAGUCACUAGAAUGGAGUGGUUUCAACUCUACCAACAACUCGAUCUGCUAUCAAAUGCUAGUCUUACUUCUUUCUUCCAAUAUCCGUUAAGCGCUAAAUCCUUUUCAACAAUCAACACUGGAAAUCCUCUUUUGAAUGAAGUUGAAAUAACUGAUGUUUUUGAAUGGAUUUCAACAUUAAAUACCAAAACAUCAGAUGUGAAUGAACUAUUUAUUGAUAAAAUUCCAUCCUCAAUAAAAGUUUUAAUCGAAAUGCAUAACAGUCUCAAGUCAUUUUUUGUUUCUGAGCUAGCGAAUGUUAGUGCAAGUUUGGAAGAAAGGAAAAAAGUGUAUUGUACCAUCCUACAACUUCUCAACUAUGUUCGUUGGAAAAAUUCAUCAUUGAAUUUAUUUGAAGGCGAAAUUGAUAAUGAAAACAUAAUCUCACCGCAUAUCCCCUCAUUCAUUGAAACCACAUUAUGUAGAGCAAUUGUUUCCCCUGAGUCUAGAUUUAACGAGUUGCUUUGGAAGCAUGCCCAUUAUACCUUAUCAACAUCUGAUGACAAAUACUCUUUGAAGUCAAUUUCAAAUAUCUUGGACGACUUAAAUGUCUCACAUAUUCGAGCAUUUUUGGAAAUCGAUAAUGUCUAUACUGCUAAACCUCAAAAUUUAUGCCCUUGCCCAGGCUGGUUUAUAACAAGAUUACUUGAAAUUUCACAGUUUGUUCCAAAUAUGAGCAUAUCCAAUACAAAACUAGUUAACUUUGAUAAGAGGAGAUUUGUUUGCAACAUAAUCUAUAACAUAUUGGAAAUCCUCCCAAAAGAUAUUGAGUUAGCUACAACGGCAGAAUCACAUAGAAUGCUGUUUACCAAAUUAUUAGGCGAUAAUGCCGAGCUAAGGGAAAAGUUACGUUCAAAGGCACUGGAAGAUGCCAAAGAAGAAGGUUACCAAAAUACAGGUAUAUUCAAUAAUAUUCUGGUAGAUGAGGUCGAUAAAAUUCGUAGGGAACAUAAGAAGAAGGAAUCUUUGACAUUACAGGAAGCUGAAAAUCAAAGAUCUCUGAACUUGCAGAAAAACUACGCAAUAAACAAGCAUGAUUCACUACUACUGACAAGUAGUACCUCUAAUGUUUCUGCAAAUUCUGCACAUUUACUCCGUAAUAAAAGAAGCUCCACUGCAUCUUUAGCAUCAAGAAGUUCUGUGAUCUCAGGAACCAGUCAUUCGGGAGUAGGCCGAAAAAUUGGAGGCUUUUUCAGGAGACCAUUUUCGAUUAGUGGUUUCAAUAGUACUGGGCAAGGAAUACCACCAAAUGGAGUUCAAGAUAAGUUCAUUUCACCUGAUAAUCUACCACAUCUUGAAUCAAAUAUAUUACAGGAUUAUAAACCUGCAUUGACAAUAAAAACUUUUGAGAUCAAAUCUAUUGUUGACAUAAUCAACCAUAAUAAAGUAUCUUCUUACGCUCAUGCUUUUCGUAUAGUUAUGCAGGACGGUAGCGAGCAUAUGGUUCAAGCUGUAUCAUCAGAAGAGGCCUUAGAAUGGAUUAGAUUGAUUAAGAUUUCUAAGAGAUAUUCUUUCCAUUCGAAAAAAUAUAGCGGCCAGACCCGUAAUAAGAUUUUUGGUGUACCAUUAGAGGAUUUAUGUGUUAGAGAAAACACCUUAAUCCCAUCUAUCGUGGUAAAAUUGCUCGAGGAAAUUGAAUUGCGAGGACUGGAUGAAGUAGGCCUUUAUAGAGUACCAGGUUCGGUUGGAAGUAUUAAUGCCUUGAAGAAUGCUUUUGAUGAGGAAGGUGCUACAAAUAAUACUUUCACGCUUGAAGACGAUAGAUGGUUUGAAAUUAAUGCUAUAGCAGGCUGUUUCAAGAUGUAUUUGCGUGAAUUACCUGAUUCAUUAUUUACCAAUAAUAUGUUUGGCGAUUUCACGAAAGUUGCACUACAGUAUAAGACGUCAGCUAUCGAUUUCGAAGCUUAUAAGGCUGAAAUUAAAAGAUUGCUCAGUCUUCUACCUCCAUGCUAUUAUGCCACAUUGGAACGGAUUGUAAUUCACUUGAACAAAGUUCAUAGGCAUUUGAUGAAUAAUAGAAUGGAUGCAUCCAACUUAUCUAUCGUUUUUGCCAUGAGUUUUAUAGACCAGGAUGAUUUGAGCAGUAGUAUGGGUCCAACAUUAGGUGCAGUUCAAAGCAUAUUACAGAAAUUCAUCACUAACCCUGAAGAUUAUUUUUGA